GGUCACAACUACCUUAUUACAAUGAUGGCUAUGUGUGAAUGCCGAAAAAAGUCAGCCUCAAAAGGCCACCAAUCUACAAUGACCCCAAAUACCAAGAAUCAAAACAAUUUAUUAUGGUCGUGGGACCUCAGUCCUGACUAUAUAUCCUGAAGAGCGCCACAGCAAGCGUCUAGCACCGACUGAUGGAAUCAAUCCUUGGAAGAAGAAAGACCAUUACGAGGAAUAACGAGGAAAAGGCUGCUCCAGAUCAUUCAUGUCUUAUCAUACACCCAAAUUUCAUUCCUUUAUCCAUCGUAUCCCCGCCAUCUAGUUGUUUGAUUCCAAUGGUAGAAUCAAGUAUAUGAAAUCUAUGAGCAUUUAAUUCUGGCUGACUAAACAUGCUCAGGUUUUGUUCAUUCCUGUCGCAUUUUCGUAUUUUAUUCCUCUAUUGUACAGAUAUAAUGUAUUUAUAUCUAUGUAUACAUGUACAGGUUAUUAUCAAAAUAUUUAGUGAUUAUAUCGUCGAUUAUUUGAAGUCAUCUCAUCAUACUGUUACAUUUUUAAUCAACUUCAUUGUAUUCAUUUCUUCAUACACACGUCUUGUUGAUAUAACGUUUGAAUGUAAAUACGUUGUUGAUGUUGACUUCGAAAUAUCU